AAACCAGUGAAGCCAUUACAGGAAACCAGUGUAACCACUACUGGAAAGUGGUGGUUAUUACUAUAGAGCAGUGUAACCAUUAAUUGAAACCAGUCUAGUCAUAACAAAACCAGCAUUGCAGGAAACUAAUGAAGUCAUAACUAAACUAGUGUGGUCAUUACUGUAGACCAGUUUUACCAUUCCAGGAAACCAGUGGUGUCAUAACUAAACCAGUGUGGUCAUUACUGUAGACCAGUGUAACCAUUACUGUAAACCAGUGGAUUCAUAACUCAACCAGUGAAGUCAUAAACAAGUUUGGUAAUUACUGUAGACCAGUGUAACCACUACUGUAAACCAUUGUUGUCAUAACUAAACCAGUGUGGUCAUUACUGUAAACCAGUGUAGUCAUAACUAAACCAGUGAAGUCAUAACUAAACCAGUGGUCAUUACUGUAGACCAGUGUAACCAUUACUGUAAACCAGUGUAGUCAUAAACUAACCCAGUGUAGUCAUUACUGUAGACCAGUGUAACCAUUACUGUAAACCAGUGUAGUCAUGUAAGGUAGAACAGCAGAUGGCUUUACUGCCUACUGAGGAGUGCUGUUCUGGUUUACUGGACGAGGCGUUUGCUUCCGGGGUGAAAGGUCAACGAUAAGUCUACUGAGCAUACCUGGGAACCAGGCGUGGGCAAGACAGGAGAGUGGUGUGGUGUGUGUAUAUAAGGAGCCUGGCACUCUGCAACACACCCGUGUGCACCUGUGUACAGAUCACACCUGUAUCCACCUGAGGAAAGAUCACACCUACGACAGUGGGUUUCAUUCAUCUCCAUGGCUACAUUGUUGUUCCUGUUUGCAAUGCUCUGCAUUGCAACUGCAGAGCCUCUAGUAGAACACACAAAGGAGCAGGCAGAUCUACAGUCUGGAAACCAAGAAGCGAGCUCGGUCCUCUGUCCAGCUGGUUGGUUUAAUCACGGCUCACGCUGCUUCCUCUACGUUGACAACCCCCUGGGCUGGAACGACGCAGCGGAUCACUGCAAGAAGAUUGGCGCAAACCUGGCCUCCAUCCACAACCCCACUGAGAACAACUUCAUGCAGCUACUGGUCCAGGUGGGGAACAACGACGCGUGGAUAGGAGCCUACUACCUGCAGACUCAAUGGAGAUGGAUCGAUGGUGAAGGGUUGUACUACAGCGACUGGAUUGGCAUGUCUUCAGCCUCCAGCAACCCCUGUGCCUACCUACGCAAGAAUAACGGUUGGGGCAACUCUGUCUGUAGCACCAAUCGGAGAUUCAUCUGCAGUACAAAACCUGGCAACUGCUAGCUAUCUGGCUAACAUGUCCAAAGCUUGCUGAUGGGUAUCCCUAUUUGGGUUCAAGGCUUUGGAUCUUACUCCUGCAUGUUUAUUAUGGACUUAAGUAAUAAUAAUAAGUACGGUAGUAAUAAUAAUACGUUUAUAAUUAUACGUUUAUUUUAUAAAGCACAUUUCUCACACUCAAGGUUGCUUUACAGUCUCAUGAGCACACACAGAACAAGACAGCAACACAACACAGAUAAAAAAAUAUAUAUAUAUAUAUAUAUACACACACACAUACACACACACACACACACACACACACACACCACUAUGCAGUGGUGACAGAGGAGACGAAGUGUUCUUGGAACAGAAAGGUCUUGAGAUGACCUUUAAAAUAAGUUCCAAUUAGGUUUCUUUGUUAGCAUGCCAAGAUGCUAACCUGCCACUCACAUGGGCUCAGACUCUGUGCGGCCCUGAAUAAAUGCUUAUCGAUCACCAAUUAACAUUUCCAUUGAGUAUUAAGUUUACAACGAGAUUUUGAGUGCUUUGUUCCAGUAAU